CUGCCUAAUAUAUAACGAAGUUGGCAUUCUGAGUAUGGAAUUUUAAAGUAUAUGAGAGGCUGGCCUGAGUUUUGGAUCUGUACUGUAUUUGUCCAAAAAUGAAAAAUUUCAUUGUUCUAACUGCAUUCUUGUUGCUGUGUAUUGCCGUCUCAGAAAUAGCUGGGAAAUGUUGUGGACGUGGAAAACACGGCUUCUGUGAAGAUUGUGCCAGAGUCAGCCUCUUUGGACACCGGAAGUGCUGUGGAGAAGGAAGUGGAUAUGGAUAUGGCUGCAAUAUCUUCUGCUGCAAUUGUGGAUCCUGCAGACAUGGGCAUGCUUCUAUCACUUAUAAAAAGUACGGCCACAAAUACGGCGGAAAAUACACAUGCAAGCAAGAGAAAAAAUAUUAUCAUGGUGUAAAAGAUGAAGACGGACAAGAACGCGACACAUGGGAAGUUUUCAACAAAAUAGAUCAGAACGAGGAUGCGACCAUCAGCCCUGAUGAAUUCCUAGAUGCAAUGAGAGAUCGAUUGACUGACAAAUCCAUUGCUACCAUUUUUGCUUCCCAUCUCCUAAGAUCGAACGAUCGUGGUGAUAUUUCGGCCUUUCUCGAUACAAUCAAAUACGCUGAUGACGAUUACGAUGACGACUCGAGAGACGGAAACGAGAACGCUCAUGAUGCCAUUCGCACGCUUGCUAUAGAGUUCAAAAGGAUGGAUGCUGAUGACGAUGGCUUUAUUCAGGCUUCUGAAUUUGACAGGGAUUUGGAAUAAACAAUAAUCCCUCCACAAUUAGUUAUGAUAAUUGUUGAAUUUAAUACGAGUAUGUAAACUAUGGAUUAAUCUAAUCCAAUGCCUAACUAACGUCUAUUCAGAUAUUGACAGCACUUUAGAUAUUUACGUUCUGGUUGUGAUAUUAUUAAUAUUAAAA